AUGCUUAUAUUAACCUGGCGGAUGUUCUUUCCUAUGAUAUCUGGCUACUAUAUAUCACAGCUUUUCAGUUGUGGUGUAAGUGAAAGGCUCAUCUGUUUCUGCGUCAAAUUCAACGGAUUAUUCGUUGUACUGUCUCAUCCAGUCGCCAUGAAAGCUUCCCCGACAGUAAUUACACGUUACAGUCUGCGUCUUGUGGCUUUGUUUGUGAUGUGCUGUGCCAUUUUGGUUCACCUCUCUGCCACGAAUGAAAUUCGGUCCGAGCAAAGUCAAAGAGAACAAAUUGUCGACCGAGUGUUUGAUGAUGGCGCUAAAAUUGGCGAUGGUGAAAAACGUACCUUGUUGCAUCGUCAGCGAAAAUCAGCUAAAAAUAGUAUGAUGGCCAGUCUGUCGGAGGUACAAAAAAGGCUAACAGCCAUAGAAGAAAGGUAAGCUCUCCGUUUGCCGUGUUUUUUUUUGUUUGUUUUUUCAAUUUAUCAGAGCGGUGAUACUUUUUGACUGGAACACUAGUUUUUACGCAACUGAGAUUCUUUGCGAAAUUACUGUGCAAUCUUAUCAACUGUAACUGUUGAUAUUCGGAAAAAUUCUCACCCUCGUAAAGUUUUCGAGAAAAUAUACUGAGGCCAUUGUAAAUUUAAAAAAGGCUUUAGUUGCCCUAGGAUGACGCCGAACAGAUAUAAAUUUAUUAGCACCGCUUAGAAUAAAAUGUCAAGAGAUGUAAAAGUAAUCUCUAUAUAUAGUCUAAAAAGCGUUUUCAAUGUAUUUUUAGGAGAAACCCGUAGUUGGGUGCCCCUGAAUUAUCACGCCGGCCACCAGCAGCUAUUAAUUCUCGCAUAUAUAUUAUAGUUAGUGGAAAAAAGUUGUCUAUUUGCAAGAGAGGGUCUAAAACACAAGCUAAGGCGUGUGAUCUAUAGAGACAUCGAAACUUGGCAAAAAUGAGCAACUUUCAAAAACAGUCUAAACUAAGUAAAAUGGAAGAGCCAUAAAGAAAAAUAUCAUCACCGAAUGGAUCUAUAAGGGCUGAUGAAGAAGACGUAUACCAGGCAAAACACAAAGAAUCGAAAAAAGUAAUAGCCCCAAAAAGAGGCCUUUUCGAAAAGGAAGCUUAUUUCAAUAAUCUCACCGUAUCUUUAGUCCAUUGAAUACAGUGAAAUUUUCUAGCAGGGUUUUUAGCUAAAAUUUAACAACAGAAAUGGCAUUAACUUCAAAGGACCGCAAGCGAAUAUUUCGCAGGACGUAGGAUCUAAAGAAAAUCUGAUAAGCAAAAAUAUACCAAGAGAACAUAAAUCUGCAAAGCUGAUCGUGCUAAGUUGUUAUAAACUUUGGAAGACAUUAACACGACACCGAUAAAAAUUUAAAAGGGCAGCAGGCUUGUAGCUAUUUAUUAACCACCAUGAACACUUCCAGUUAGUCUUUCACAAGUCGCGCAUUAAUUCAUAGUAAGUACAGCUAGUAGUCAACCAAUCAAAAAAUCCUCGAUCAUUUAUUCAGUUUCAGGCGGUGAUUAGUCUAUCCACCCUCCCUCCCUCCCUCCCCCUCCAUCCAUCCAUUCCUUUCUUCCUUCUUUCCUUCCUUCCUGUAUUCAUUCAUUCAUUCAUUCAUUCAUUCAUUCAUUCAUUCAUUCAUUCAUUCAUUCAUUCAUUCAUUCAUUCAUUCAUUCAUUCAUUCAUUCAUUCAUUCCUUCAUUCAUUUAUUCAUUCAUUCAUUCAUUCACUCAUUCCUUCCUUCCUUCCUUCCUUCCUUCCUUCAUUCCUUCAUUCCUUCAUUCCUUCAUUCCUUCAUUCCUUCAUUCCUUCAUUCCUUCAUUCCUUCAUUCCUUCAUUCCUUCAUUCCUUCAUUCCUUCAUUCCUUCAUUCCUUCCUUCAUUCAUUCAUUCAUUCAUUCAUUCAUUGCCGUAAAAUAACCGAAAAUAUCGUUAUAUCGGGGUAAAAUGAACAUGUACUUUUUUUACUACAUAUUGUUUAAUUAAACUUGUAAUGAGUAUCAAAUGACUAACAAAUGUAGAGUUUCAAGCACGCAGCAAUGUCGUUAAACAAUUUGCAAAGCAUUAGACGUUAUCAAGGUUACACAACAAAGUCUGUGGUAUGAAUCGUAAAAGGGAAACAAAACAAAACUUAAACAUUUGAAGUUGCGACUGUAAUCAUCUUUACUUUUCGUUGUUUGCGUGUUCAUUGUUUUUCUUUUUUAACAGACACUUGUUCAUUAAUUAAAGUACUCUUCAAGGUUGGUUUGCCUCAUUUGUUUUAUUUGGAAUCUUGAAAACGCAUCCCCCAUCGCUGAAAGAGAGGAAAGGAAUUCUCUCUCUCGUUCGCCCGAAUCAUCCAACGUAUUAAUAAAAUCUCUAAUUGCUUACCUUUUGUCACAAGAAGGAGUCAAAAAUACUAAAACUCAGAAAGAACUAUUAAAUGACAAGGAGGAUAAAAGAGGCAUCGUAAACUGAAAGCUGUUGACAGAAACGUUACAGAUUACUGUACUCGAUUACUGUAUAAAUGUUAUUGUAUUAAAUCACUGUUUUGUUUAAAUUGUAUCUGUGUACUGAUACUGUAAUAUCGUUAUAUCGGGGAAGAUUUUACGCUCGAUGCACUAAAAACUCAUCGUUAUAUCGGGAAUAUCGUUAUAUCGGGGUUCUGUCCCAUACAUUUUACUGUAACUUUUCCCGGGACAUAGCAUACUUAUCGUUAUACCGGGGAUAUCGUUAUAUCGAGGAUCGUUGUAUCGGGGUUCCACUGUAUAACGCUUGUGUUCGAACAGUGCUUUUUUUUUUUUUUUUUUCAUUUUGUGCUUUUUUUUUUGACAGACAUAAUAAAAGUGCAAGUUUGAUGGAAAAGCGACUUCAAGAAAUGGAAAAGCGGUUUAUAAAACGGUGCGUAUACUGUAGGUGUAUUAAUCAAUUACCCAUGGAAACUUCACAGUUUCUUCUUAAUCUUUUGCGAUUUAACAAUGAAUUUAUCUUUCUACAGACUCGACGCAUUGGUGCAAACACCGCACUCAAGUGACUCGUCACUAUUGUCCUACCUACUUGGUUUGUACACUAGUGUUAAAAAAGGAAUGGCCACACUGUAAAAUGCAGACUGACUAGCCAAUUGGUCGCAUAACAGAGCACAACCAAAUGCUGCCUAAAUUAAAAAUUGGGCUGACAGCCUUUGGCGAAAAAAACAAAAAACAAACGAACGAACGAACUAACGAACCACAAAAGAGAAAGCAAAAACAAACAAACAAACAAACAACAUCGAAAGACGAUUCCCAGUUCCCUUGCAAUUGUAAGGUCUAUUACUUUAUGAAAAUUUGGUUUCAUUUUUUCAAUGUUGGAUAUGGUGCAUUCGGAUUUUUAGACCAUCCAUUAAGCCCCUUUUAUUUGAUAAAAUGACUCAAUGUAACGCCUAAAUAUCUUUGGCUAUUGUUAUUUAAUUGGAACAUACAUUUAGUAUCUCUUCAAUAUACGUGUUUCAGUGCGAGAUGGCCGCAAUUACGGAAAACAAUCAAUGGGACCACCUGGACCCCCAGGGAAGCCAGGAGUAAGAGGUAAGCAAGAUUUGUCUACCGCUUUAUGUCGGCGUUACCAGUUGUCUACUUUUUGUAAGGUAUAGGGCUGCCUCAUAGAAAAUAUCUAAAAGCUAACUUAACUAGGAGGGCAUUAAUAAAACUAAUAAUGAACUAUUUCAAUUAUAAAUGAGGUUGUUAAAUGGAGGUGCACAUUUUAAUACAGCUGUACUAGCUCUCUUAGUUAUAGUUCUGUCAGUAAGAAGGAAGCAAGGUGAGAAAGCUUACCUCAUCUUCACAUGUACACUUCUACCAUCAAAUUAGUCCGUGAUAAACUCAAGUUAAUGUCUAAUGUUUAGCUUUUGUAAUGAGCCUCUCAGAUUUGUUGAUAUUGUUUUUCUUAACCAAAAUAAAAAUUUUCACUGAAGUAUUCCCAUAUGAUAGACUGAUGGUCAUAGGAAAAAAAAACAUGCAUUCUUGAUAAUGAUUGUCGUAAUUGUGUCCCUCUAGGUCCUAAAGGGGAUAAGGGAGCUCAAGGAGUUAAAGGCGAUAAAGGACAAGCUGCCAGUUCUGGGGUGAAGUACGUUCGCUGGGGAAAGACCACAUGCCCUAAUGGUGCUCAGAUUGUCUAUAAAGGUACAAAAAGGCGAUGACGUUAUCCUUCAUGUAAUUUAUGUAUUCAACAAAAGGAAAAUCAAAUUAAAUAGGAAACAGGAACCAAUUUAAUCACAAUAUCUCUUCAUUUUCUUUAUUCUAGCAACGGGACCGAGAUAGCAUGUUCAAGGAUUUUAUGAAUCCCUCAUACUUCUAAUUAUAAUUUUUAAUUUUAAAGCUUAUAUAAUAUUUGGUAGCCUUUUAGGACCAAAGGUACAUUGCCCAACAAAGCUAUUAAGUUCUAUCCCAAGUCAAUGCGUUUUUCAGAACGUUAAGAGGAAGAUGGUUCGCAACACUGUUACUCAUAAGUUUGAACGUCUUAUUCUUCAUGACUGGAAUUUCUAAUUUCGCAAGUCAUUCACUUAACUUCAAAAUGGAUGUUUUCAGAGUUUUUAGUUGAAUUGAGUUAACAGAUCCCUAACUUUUCUACUUAUUAGGUAUCAUGGGUGGAGAGCAUUACACUCACACUGGAGGUGGAGUUAACUACCUUUGCCUUCCAAAGACUCCAAAGUACGACAAGUACAAAGAUGGCCACCAGGGUGGCGGAUACGUAUACGGCGCUGAGUAUGAACUCUCGUUUAACCCAUUCAAGAAAAGUCUUAGCCAACACGAUCCACCUUGCGUUGUCUGCUUUGUCAAGUCACGUGGUUCGAUGCUGAUGAUGCCUGCAAGGAACGAUUGCCCCACUGGAUGGACCGAGGAGUAUCAUGGGUACCUGAUGACUGAACAUUAUAGCCACAAGAAGCAAGUUGAUUUCAUCUGCGUUGACAAAGACGCUGAGUCUGUCCCUGGCAGUCAGGCAAACAAGAAUGGUGCAUUACUCUUCUUUGUGGAAGGAGUGUGUGGCAACCUACCAUGUGGUCCCUAUGUCAACGGUCGAGAGUUGACUUGUGCUGUGUGCACCAAGUGAAAGAAAUAAUUUUUUUUUCUACUGUGGGUUUCAAGGGGCAAAA